UUGAAGAACUUCAUUUCCCACGUAGCAUUAGACAGAUGAGCAUGCGCCUAAACUGGUGUAAUCGCCAUAACUGGAAGCCGGGGCACGGUUUUGGGUUCGCGGUGAUUCAGAAUGGGGGAAAAGCCGAUUUGGGAACAGAUAGGAUCCAGUUUUGUGCAACAUUACUACCAGCUUUUUGACACGGACAGGACCCAGCUUGGAGCAAUAUAUAUCGAUGCAUCAUGCCUUACAUGGGAGGGACAGCAAUUCCAGGGAAAAGUAGCGAUUGUCGAGAAACUUUCUACUCUCCCCUUCUUAAAAAUAGCUCACAGUAUAACAGCACAAGACCACCAGCCCACACCUGACAGCUGUAUAAUGAGUAUGGUAGUAGGACAAUUAAAAGCUGAUGAGGACCCCAUCAUGGGAUUUCAUCAGAGUUUCAUCCUGAAGAACAUUAAUGAUGCCUGGGUAUGCACCAAUGACAUGUUCCGGCUCGCGCUGCACAAUUUCGGCUAAGGACACUAGAGGUGGGCAGAGUGGAUAUAAGGGAAGGCUGAGGAUGGGGAAGGUCUUGCAGAGACACCUAAACGCCCAACCUUCUCUUUGUAUCAUCCAUACCUGUUUGAGAAAUUACACCGGAUUCCAGAUGUCAAUCACAGAGACAUGCAGGCACAUAGGCUACAUGCCUUCAACUGAAAUGAGAUCUGUUCCUUUGCUGAGAGUUCACAGAUCCAUCAGAGUCCCUUUCCCUACGCUGACCUGCAUGAUGCUGGGGAGCUUAAAUAUCUGAAGAUGGCAGACAAGGAAGAAAAUGUACCAAUUUACCUUCACCAUUUUAGUUUUAUGUUCGGACUCAAUGUCUUAUAUCCUCAUGUUUUCUCAUCGUACUCCCCUGUGUGUUAUCAGCUUGCCUUAUUGUAUACAACUAAAUCUCUUUUUAAAAGUUUAAUUUAACAUUCAUUGUUAUGUCAGGUUGCUCUAGCGAUCCAAAUAAUCAUAGAAAAUAUUAUCAAUAACAUCCUUCCCUUAGACCAGCAAGCUUCCCAUUUCCUCCUCAUGCUCUCUGUGACAAUGAAUACAAAAGCCAUGAUACACAAUAAACCGUUUACUUUUUCUUAAUGUGAGCUCAUUGUUCCUCUGCCUUUCUUACCCAUUUCUCUCCCUCCACUUACCUUGUCACUCUUAUUUUAAUUGUGUUCUUAGCAUUAUAUUGUAAACAAUUUAGGUUCUAGUCAGUAGUUCUAUAGCACAUUGUUGUAUAUGAUCUGCUAUAGCAUGUAUUUUCUUGAGCAAGAUUCAGCCUAUAUAUAUAUAUAUAAAUAUAUAUAUGGACAUAGGGUUCCCUCAAUUUCCCCCCCAAAAUAAUUGUCCUUUGGCCGGUACUGCAGAAAUAGAAACCCAUAAUGAGUUGAAGUAUGCUCUUGGAAAUUGGGAUCACUUUGUGCCAUCAAUGUACUGUAGCAUUGACCUGACAUUUUUGGAGAGGCUUUGCAAGUGUUCUUUUGCAAGACGAGGAACAGGCAAAUGUCAAACUGCCUUAUUCAUAAUUUUUUCUUUUUACAAUGAUAUAUCAUGGCAUCUCUUUUCCACAUGGAACAGAAUGUACGGACUGCACAUUUUAAUUCCAUACAUUGUUUUGGYAAAUAAAUAAACAGUUCUUGCCUGUUGUGUGACAAGGAAAUCCCCAAGACUUUUCCUGCAGGAAAAGUAAAGUGGCGGUGGGGGCCACUUCUCUCAUACGAUCAUAUUUUUACAAUUAAAUUUGUCUAGCAAUGGAGUUUAUUUUUUUCUAUUUAGAUUUGAUUUACAGUUUAUAAUUAUCUAUUGUUUGCUGUCAAUCAAUGACUGGCAUAACUAAUGCUUUUCCUCCCUCAUCAGCCAGUGUGUUGGCUACUGGUUUUGUUUUCCCUGAUGGUACACUGGUUCAAUUAAGAAGAUCAAAGGCAUCUCUUCAAGGUCUGCUAUCAUUCACAGAUGUACAAGGUAUUCUAUUCUUCUGGCAGACAGAAAUAAAAGACGUAUGAAAAGUA